AUGGCUCCCGAUGCCAACACGCAAUUCUCUGCCCGAGGAGCUCUUGAGAGCAACUGGCUGAAGCAACGUGCCUUUGACUGUGCGUCUGGUAUGGAAAAUCUGCAAAUAUCUGGAAUAACCUCGUCAAAAGUUCCACAACAAAUGCCUCAGACUCAGAUGGCACAGUCACGGGAGCGUCAAAACACGAUGACACCUUCCAAUUAUAGAAAACCAUCCGCUACAACGCUUUCUCCAUAA